AUGCCCAAGCAAAACCCACUGGCCGUAGGGAUCGACCUCGGGACCACCUACUCCUGCGUGGCUGUCUGUCAACAUGGCAAAGUGGAGAUCAUUGCCGAUGACCAGGGACACCGGACGAUGCCCAGCUUUGUGGCCUUCACCCCUGCCGAGCGCCUGGUCGGGGAGCCCGCAAAGAGCCAGGCCUCUCUCAACCCCCAGAACACAGUCUUCGAUGCCAAGCGGCUGAUUGGCCGGAAGUAUGAAGAUGCCACCGUGCGCGAGGAUGUGAAGCAUUGGCCUUUCGCCGUGGUCAACCAUGAAGGGAAGCUCAAGGUCCAGGUUUCCCACAAAGGCAAGCUGCAGACCUUCUACCCCGAAGAGGUCUCGGCCAUGGUGCUGGCCAAGAUGAAGCAAACAGCCGAAUCCUACCUGGGCUGUUCCAUCUCCCAAGCUGUUGUCACGGUGCCGGCCUACUUCAGUGACGCCCAGCGGCAGGCCACCAUAGACGCCGGAGCCAUAGCCAGCCUCCAGAUCCUGAAGAUCCUCAAUGAACCAACUGCGGCGGCCAUUGCCUACGGCCUAAAUGCCAAGAGCCCAGAGGGCGAGAGCCGGAACAUCCUCAUUUUUGACCUUGGCGGGGGCACUUUUGAUGUCUCCAUUCUCUCCGUUGAGGAUGGCAUCUUUGAGGUGAAGGCCACCGCAGGGGACACUCACCUGGGUGGAGAGGACUUCGAGAAGAGGCUGGUGGAUUAUCUCGCGAAAGAGUUCAAGAAGAAGUACAAGGAGGACAUCCUGCAGGACAAGAAGGCCAUGCAGAGGCUGAAGAUGGCUUGCGAGCGUGCCAAAUGCACCUUGAGCUCUUGCUCCAGCGCCAACAUCUCCGUCGACUCCCUUUACCAAGGGAUAGACUUCCACACCACCGUCACUCGGGCGCGCUUUGAGGACCUGUGUGCUGACCUCUUCCGGGCCACUCUGAAACCCUUGGGGAGAGCGCUGAAAGACGCCAAGAUGAGGAAGACGGACAUCAAGGACAUCGUGUUGAUUGGUGGUUCCACUCGCAUCCCCAUGAUCCAGAAACUCCUGAAGGACUAUUUCCACGGCAAGGAGUUGUGUAAGAGCAUCAACCCCGACGAAGCUGUGGCCUACGGAGCUGCCAUCCAGGCCGCCAUUUUGACGGGCAACCAAACGCCAACCAUGAAGAACAUGUUCCUUCUAGAUGUCACCCCGCUCUCUUUGGGGGUCAACACUCAAGGUGGAGUCAUGGCGACCAUAAUAAAACGCAAUUCACCUCUCCCUACCAAGGAAACCAUGGAGUUUACCACAACAGAAGACGACCAAGACACCAUCUUAUUCAUGGUGUACGAAGGGGAGAGAGCGUUGACCAAGCACAACCACCUGCUGGGCACGUUCACUUUGAAAGGCAUCCCUCCUGCCCCCUGCGGGGUUCCAGUCAUCACAGUGACCUUUUCCGUCGAUGAAAACAACAUCCUGACCGUGUCUGCCAAGGACGUGGACACGGGGAACACCAGCCAAUUCACCAUUUCAGACACCAGGGGCCGGCUAGGCAAAGAGGAGGUCGAAGAGAUAGUGCAGAAGGCGGCGGAGCUCCGAGCGCAUGACGUGUCCCAGCAGGAGAAGGUCGAAGCCAUCAACUCCUUGGAGUCUUGCACCCUCGAACUCAAGAGAGCUGCAGAAGAAGAUGUCCUGGAUGUAGCGGCCAAAAGGAGAAUGCUGGAACUCUGCAAGAGCACUACCUCCUGGCUGGAGGCCAGCCCCUCGGUGGAGAAGGAGGAGUGUGAGCAGAGGCAAAGGGACCUCGAAGAGACGUGGGAGUCGAUCUGUAACACUCUGGUCCAGGAGGAGGGGGUAGAAGAGAUGCCUGGAGAAGAUCAGGCAGAUGCCGAUGGGGGAGACCCCCCUGAGGAAAUGGACUGA